UUGUGCGCGUGCUUGCGUGUGAGCUGAAUUAAUAAACAGAGCUACAUAACCUAUAAUCUGUUUAAAUAUAAUUAUUAAAUUGUCGGCUUUUAAGUAUUUUAUAUUACUCUAUUAUUAGAAUAAUCAUAAUUAUUACUAUAAAAGUGUAAUAUUAUUUGCUGAUUCUCCAUACUUCCUUGUAAACCUAUUAGAAUAGGUAAAUAUGAGUCAAAAACAGUCAAGACACUUGAGUAUUCUCCUUUUUACUUUAUUGUUAUUUUGUGAAGGAAUAUUUAGCAAAACAGAGGAAGAUGAAGGAGUAAAGUAUGCUAAUAAAUGCGAAGUCUGUAAAAUUUUAGCAAUAGAACUUGAGAAUAGACUGGAAGAAACUGGGAAAACGACUGAUGUUCUACAGUUACAAUACUCCAUAGACGACACAAAACCAAAGAAGAAAAAAGAAUACAAGAAAUCAGAACUAAGACUGCUCGAGUCCUUGGAGAAUGUUUGCGAUAGGAUCCUCGAGUACAAUAUACAUAAGGAGAGAUCAGACAGUACAAGGUUUGCCAAGGGAAUGAGUCAAACGUUCAAAACACUUCAUGGCCUUGUGAAUAAAGGAGUAAAGGUCGAACUAGGAAUUCCUCACGAAUUAUGGGACAAGCCGUCAGUUGAGAUAACAAAUAUGAAGACACAGUGUGAAAGUCUUCUAGAAGACUACGAGUCAACAAUCGAGACAUGGUACUUUCAAUAUCAAGACAAAGUGACACUGCAGCAGUACUUGUGCUCGGAGAGGGCCCUCAAAGGAUCAGAUGAUUCAUGUCUCGCCGAAAUUACGCCAAAGUUGAAGGGUGAAACAGGAGACAGUUCAAAAGAAAAAGACGAAUUAUGAGAAACCUAAAUCUGAACCAUAUUCGAUGUGUUCCACAAUAUUCUUUCAACUACUCAUUCCAUUUUUAUUCAUAAUGGUAAUUUGCACAUUGAGAACCUGUAGAUCCUCAAAAACCUGAAACCUUUAAUAAUAUCCAUGAAAGAAUCGUCCAAAUAUGUAUUCGUUACCAAAAUUAUAUUCCACGACUGUUGAAGUGAAUGUCCCAAUUUUUAUAUUGUCAAUUAAUAUUUUGAUUUUUACUGAAUUAAACAAGUGAUGAUUAUAAUUAUCCAUGUUUGGUGUGUUGAUUUGUAGAAAUCUAAAGCCUCAUAUUCUAUUUAAGCCGCUCAUAUUCAAUCCUCUUAAAUUAUGAAAUAGUCUUAUUU